AUGAAUGUCGUUUCAUUUAGAAAAUAUCAUGGUGCUGGUAAUGAUUUUGUUGUAAUAGACAACAGACAUGAUGGUGAUACUGCUUCUAUCUCCAGUGAUCAAAGAAAUUCUAUGUGUCAUAGGAAUUUUGGUAUAGGAGCUGACGGGGUGCUGGAGAUCUUGUCUAGUUCUAUAGCUAACUUUAAACUUAUAUAUUACAAUGCUGAUGGAUAUGUGGGAAGUCUGUGUGGAAAUGGAUCGAGAUGUGCCGUAUCUUAUGUUUUAAAGUCACUAGAUGGCCACCAGUCUCAAGAAUUGACCUUUGAGUGUAAUGGUGUUAUAUAUCACGGUGGAUACAUUUCUCAGGAUGAUAAAUAUUAUCUAUAUAUGAACGAUGUUAAAGUGAGAGAUAUCUACAGACUGGAUGAUAGUAACUACUUCCUUGACAAUGGGUCGCCUCAUCAUGUGCAGUUUGUCACAAAUAUCCAGACUGUAAAAGUCGGGGAAGUCGGACCGGAGUUAUGUUACGGGCGUUACUCACCACAUGGUUCAAAUAUAAACUUUUGUACUCGAACAACUGAUAAAUUAAUCAAAGCGCGAACUUUUGAAAGAGGUGUGGACAAGGAAACAUUAGCCUGUGGUACUGGUGCUACAGCAGUCGCCAUUAUUGCCCAUUUCCACGAUAGAAGUACUGUAGUAGACGAGAUUGUUCCUGUCUCUUAUGAUGUAGAAAUGCCUGGUGGAACUCUAACAGUGGAAUUUAAAGAAAGUAAAGAAAUAAUAUCUGACAUUAAACUCAUUGGACCGGCAGUUGAAGUCUUCCAAGGAAAUUAUACAUUGAUAUAG